GUGUUCAAAGGCUCCAUCGCCCGCAACGUGAAUAAUAAGGAAGGUGUCGAUGCAGAACAUUUAAAAAAUGUGGUCUCUCUCCACCUUCAGAAGAAAGGAAUUAACCAAAUUAUGUCGGAUGCAUUUCAAUCAUUUGGUUCCUUGGCUCAUUUGUACCUUUACGAUAACAAAAUUAUGGAGAUGGCUGGAUUUUCACAACUUCCACAAUUAGAGUCCCUUCACUUAUCGGGAAAUAGGAUUAGACGCAUUGCAGAUUUGAAAAAUUCUUUUAAUUUGAGACAAUUGUACUUGGGUCAAAAUGAAAUUGAGGUUAUUGAAGGUUUGGAGAAUUUAUCAAUGUUGGUGGAAUUGCACAUUGAGCAUCAAAGACUGCCGUCUGAACAAUCCAUCAUUUUUUCUCCAAACUCAUUGGACACUAUUUCGAGAAAGUUGAAAGUUCUUAACACGAGUGGGAAUCAGUUGGAAAGCAUUGAGGAUCUGCUUUGCAUGGAUGUUCUGGAUACUUUGAACCUAUCUCGAAAUAGGUUGACCAACUUGGAGCAUACGAGCCAAGUUUUGAGAACAUUAGGGCAGCUCAGAAUUUUGGAUCUACGAGAAAACCGUAUCUUAAAAAAUCCAAAGUAUAAAGAACAAAUCGUUGGAUUUUGUAGUGGCAUUGAAGUGUUGGAUGAGAAGGAUGUAAACGAUACUCAAAGGAAAACUCUGCAACGGAUGUGUGCCAUUAAGGCUCUGAGAAAUCAAAAACAGUUUCAGUCCACUAAAACCAACCCCGUGCAUCCCGUCAGUUCAUUCCCUGGUGCUUUCCGUUCUGUUCAUCGUGACCAGAAUGUGAUGCAGAGUAGAAGUGUACCAGUUGUGAUGCCUUUAUCAGCGGCUAAAAUUUAUGAUGAGCCAUUUGUAUUUUCAACCCCAAUUUCAAUGUCUCCAACCCCUGAUCAGUUUGCCAGAAUGGUCACACUCCCCUACGAUCCGGCUUCUGAAGGGGAUGUCAACACCUCUGAAGCUGAAGAUUUGUAUGCUGCUACAAGAUCCAGCAUCCAACCAGCGGAAGAAAUUGAGAGUGAUUCAAUGUCCGAAAUGGCGAAAAUCAUAUUCCGUCUCUCAAACUUGUCGCCUUCGAACGACAACAUAGGCAGAGCUCGUAGGUCGAACCAUUCUUCUUCACACUAUUGGAAUGUCAAUCGAGGAUUUGGAGAUCGUUUUUCAACUUUAAAAGAAUCACGACCACUUUCUCCGCUAGAAGUCGAGGUGCCACAAUCCGCCAUGAGUAAGACUCAGCAGAACUUGGGCAGUGUUGGUAGACGUCCAGCCCGUCGCCCAAUGACGAGGAAACUUCCUCCACGAAAGUCCAUGGGGGCUGGACGGACUUUGUCACCGUUAGAGGAACUGCCCACGCCAGACUCAACUGUGCGGGAUCAGCUCGAAGGAAGGAGCGAUUGGACAUCCUUACAGCCAUGGACGACAUCAUUACCUCAAUUGUUGCCACGAAAUAAACGGGUUGUAGGGUUUGCUGCAAGCGAUUCCAAGCUAAUGAAAUAACUGAAUAUUUUUUUCGCCUACUCUAAACUCUAUUUUCUUAACCAAGACGAAAUAAAUGAUCAGCAAAUAAAAAGGAUUAACAACUGCAGUUUUGCAAUGCUUUGAAUAUUGCUUACACUCAUUCAAUUGUAAUUUAGUUGUGACCUUGCAAUUCCGACAUUGUGAUUAUUUAAGUGCAGGCUUACCAAA